UGUUCCGCAGUUUCUGUUCGACAGCCCUCGAGUUCGGUUCUAGCUCUCUCUCACCUCAAAUAAACUCAGCUCACAGCGGCCAAUCGCCAUAAAUAAAUCAGCAAAGUGUAGUUUGUUUUGGAAAUUUCAAAUAAAUUUCAAUGCGAGUCAGAGACCGACACUCAAAAGCAGCUGUCACUUGAACCCAAUCAACGAACAAAUCAACGAAAUAAUAAAUCAGCCACGAAACCAACUACAAUAACAACGAAAAUAGCAAUCUCUUCGAGUGUCUUUGAGUGAACAGAUGUUUUGAAAAACCGCCGAAAACCGCGACUAAUCCUGGAAAGGACUGUUGGCAAUCGAAGUAAUUGGCCAUCCGAUUAGGUGAAGUUUUUUACUGUGCAAAAGAAAGUUACGAAAAUCAAAGCAUCGAGCAUCGAGCAUCGAAGCAGGAGGAGAUACGCCCGAUAAAGGACUAGCCUGCGGUCGGACCCCCGGUGAAGAAAAAGGAUUACGAUCCAGGUCCCUGUGCCCGCGUGCGAAAGAUUCGUCCAAUUAACAUGGGCGGCAACGUGGAGCAGCGUCCUUGGACGCCAACAGUCCGCAUUGGCAGGAUCGCAGCCGAGACCACCAAUCCAGGUCCAGCCACCGUCCAGCUUCCGACGUUGAUCGGUAGCAAAGUGCCGGACUCGAAGAAGAAGGCCGCCCCCUCGUACUCCUUUGGGCACAAGUUGGGCGGCAAGUACGACACCUCUGGACCGGGUCCGGCCCAAUACAAUGUGACGGGGAUGCGGGCAAAGGGAAGGGACUAUCCCAGAGCAGCCACUCUGCAGAGCAGGCCCAAGGAACUGACCCGGUUCUCGAAUCCCGGACCCGGCGAAUACGACGUGGUGCCGGCGGCCAAGGCGGUGAUCGAUGCCACGCCCAAGUACACCUUUGGCCAACGACCGGCCACACUGAAGACGUUCCAGAUUCCAGGCCCCAACCAUUAUCGAGUGGUGCCACUUGAUGUCGUCAAGCGGCGAGCCCCACGAUACUCCUUUCGCAUUAAGGUUAACGUGUACUUUGUUAACAAUCCAGCUCCGAAUAGCUAUUGCCCUGAAAAGGUCACGCAAUCAAAAAAGAAUGCGCCACGCUACACUUUCGGUAGACGAACUAAAAUCGAACACGAUCAGGGCACACCAGCUCCUGGCGCCUACUGUCCCGAGAAGGUGAAGCUCAACAAGACGCCGGAGUUUAGUUUUGGUAUCAAACACCACGAACAGAGGCCAGAUUACACUCCAGCUCCUGGCACUUACAAGCCCGAGCAGGUUGUCCUAGAACACAAUCCCGCCUUCAGCUUCGGCCUGAAAACCAAACACAUCCAGGUCAGCGACACUCCAGCACCCGGAGCCUACAGCCCCGAAAAGUCCCGACUGCACUCCACACCCGCUUACUCAAUCACCGGAAAGGCCUCUCAGGAUGUCGUCGAUUGCACACCUGCACCCGGAGCAUACGAACCCGAGAAGUGUGUGCUGGGCAGGACGCCCGCCUUCAGCUUCGGCCACCGCGUGGAGCUGGCCAAGUCCAGUGACACCCCAGCUCCGGGCACCUACAAUCCCGAGAAGGUGCGCAUGGACCACACGCCCGCCUUCACCCUCUCCGGACGACCCGAAACCAGGUGCAUCAGCGAGACGCCGGCGCCCGGUUCGUAUGCCCCGGAAAGGUACCGCAACGAUCGCACGCCGGCCUUCACCUUCGGCGGUAAGCACGAGCAGCGGCUCGAGAGCUCCACUCCGGCACCGGGCGACUACUGUCCCGAAAAAGUGCGGCACGAUCACAACCCCGCUUUCUCAUUCGCCGGUCGCCAUGAUUUGCACAAGACGAGCGACACACCAGCUCCCGGAGCUUAUGAAACGGAGAAGGUCCGCCAGGAUCACAACCCCGCCUUCUCCUUUGCCGGGCGACACGAUCUCCACAAGCCCGAUAGCACCCCUGCUCCAGGAGCCUACUCCCCGGAGAAGGUCCGCCAGGAUCACAACCCUGCCUUCUCGAUGGCCGGGAAGUACAGCCAGAAGAUCUCCAGCGAAACCCCUGCUCCCGGGGACUACUGUCCCGAGAAGGUUCGCUUGGAUCACACACCCGCCUACAGUUUUGGGGUGAAGAACGAUCCAAAGGUGGAGAACCACACUCCAGCCCCAGGGGAUUACCAUCCCGAAAAAGUGAGGCAGGAUCAUAACCCCGCCUUUUCGUUCGCUGGUCGUCACGACCUCCACAAACCCAGUGAGACUCCUGCUCCAGGAGCCUACUCCCCUGAGAAAACCAGGCAGGAUCACAAUCCAGCCUUCUCAAUGGCUGGAAAGCACGAUCCGAAGGUUGCCAAUGACACCCCUGCCCCUGGUGAUUAUCACCCCGAGAAGGUCAGGCAGGAUCAUAACCCGGCGUAUUCCUUUGCUGGUCGCCAUGACCUCCACAAACCCAGUGAAACUCCUGCUCCAGGAGCUUACUCCCCGGAGAAAACCAGGCAGGAUCACAAUCCAGCUUUCUCAAUGGCUGGCAAGUAUGAUCAAAAGAUUACCAAUGGCACUCCUGCCCCCGGGGACUAUAGUCCCGAAAAGGUUCGAUUAGAUCACACACCGGCUUACAGUUUCGGGGGUAAAAAUGAUCCUAGAAUAGAGAACAAUACCCCCGCUCCUGGAGAUUAUCAUCCGGAGAAGGUAAGGCAGGACCACAAUCCCGCCUUCUCAUUCGCCGGUCGCCACAAUCUUUACAAGCCCAGUGAUUCCCCUGCACCAGGAGCCUAUUGUCCCGAAAAGUUUCGCCAGGAUCACAAUCCUGCUUUUUCGAUGGCUGGAAAACACAUCCAGAAGAUAUCGAGUGACACACCAGCUCCUGGUGACUACUGUCCGGAAAAAGUACGCCAGGACCAUACUCCGGCCUAUACUUUUGGUGGCAAGAAUGAUCCUAAGAUAGAGAACAAUACCCCAGCCCCUGGGGAUUAUCAUCCGGAGAAGGUAAGGCAGGACCACAAUCCCGCCUUCUCCUUUGCCGGACGUUAUGAUCUUCAGAAACCCAGUGAUACUCCCGCCCCAGGAGCCUAUUCUCCAGAAAAAGUCCGGCAGGAUCAUAAUCCCGCUUUUUCAAUGGCAGGCAAACACAUCGUAAAGAUGGUAAAUGGUACUCCAGCUCCGGGAGACUACUGCCCAGAGAAGGUGCGAUUGGAUCACACUCCUGCCUACACUUUCGGUGGCAAGAAUGAUCCGAAGAUAGAGAAUAAUACCCCAGCCCCUGGAGAUUAUCAUCCGGAGAAGGUAAGGCAGGACCACAAUCCCGCCUUCUCCUUUGCCGGACGUUAUGAUCUUCAGAAACCCAGUGAUACUCCCGCCCCAGGAGCCUAUUCUCCAGAAAAAGUCCGGCAGGAUCAUAAUCCCGCUUUCUCAAUGGCCGGUAAACAUACUGAAAAGAUCUCCAGCAAAACCCCUGCUCCAGGGGACUACAGUCCCGAGAAGGUUCGUCUAGAUCACACACCCGCCUAUACUUUCGGUGGAAAGAACGAUCCCAAAAUAGAGAACAACACGCCUGCUCCAGGUGAUUACCAUCCCGAGAAAGUGAGGCAGGAUCACAAUCCAGCAUUUUCUUUCGCUGGCCGUCACGAUCUUCACAAACCAAGUGACACUCCCGCUCCUGGAGCAUACUCCCCAGAGAAAGUGCGUCAGGAUCAUAACCCUGCGUUCUCAAUGGCGGGCAAACAUGACCCUAAGGUUUCCAAUGAUAACCCAGCGCCUGGUGACUACAGUCCCGAGAAGGUCCGUCUGGACCACACUCCCUCCUAUACAUUUGCGGGGAAAAAUGAUCCCAAAGUUGAGAACAACUCGCCUGCUCCUGGUGAUUAUCAUCCCGAAAAGGUUAGACAGGAUCACAACCCUGCCUUUUCCUUUGCGGGUCGACAUGAUCUCCAUAAACCCAGUGACACCCCCGCUCCAGGAGCCUACUCCCCCGAAAAGACCCGACAGGAUCACAACCCCGCCUUCUCGAUGGCUGGAAAGCACAUUCAGAAGAUUACCAAUGGUACGCCAGCCCCUGGCGACUACUGUCCCGAGAAGGUUCGACUGGAUCAUACUCCAGCUUAUAGCUUUGGGGUAAAGAGCGAUCCUAAGUUGGAGAACAACACCCCUGCUCCUGGGGACUAUCAUCCUGAAAAGGUUAGGCAGGAUCAUGUACCCGCAUUCUCCUUCGCCGGCCGCCAUGAAGUUCAUAAGAUUAGUGAGACUCCCGCCCCAGGAGCCUACUUCCCAGAGAAAGUCAGGCAGGACCACAAUCCCGCCUUCACAAUGGCAGGGAAGCACGAUCCCAAGGUGGCCAAUGACACCCCUGCUCCCGGGGACUACCACCCCGAGAACGUGAGACAGGACCACAAUCCCGCCUUCUCCUUUGCCGGUCGUCACGACCUGCACCGACCCAGUGAAACCCCGGCGCCCGGAGACUACUCCCCGGAGAAGGUCAGGCAGGACUUCAAUCCGGCGUUCACCUUCGCCGGCAAACACGAUCCGAGACCCUCCUGCGAGUCCCCGGCACCUGGAGACUACAGCCCCGAGAAGGUGCGACUGGACCGAGCACCCGCUUUCACCUUUGGCGGCAAGCACGACCCCAAAACGGAGCACCUUCAUCCCGCGCCCUGCGACUACGCCCCCGAGAAAGUUCGCCUCGACCAUACACCCGCCUACACAAUUGCAGGUCGACCGGCCGCCGAUCCCGUGAGCCAAACCCCGGCUCCCUGCGACUACCAUCCGGAGCAGUGCCACGUGGACAGCACACCUGCCUUCACCUUCGGCAUGAGACUCGGACGGGAGCGCAUCUCCGACACUCCAGCACCCUCCGCGUAUGAGCCGGAAAAGCACACCGUGCACUCCACACCCGCCUUCAGCUUUGGCACCAAGUCGGAUAUCCGCGUGACCACCGAUGCCCCAGCCCCUGGUCACUAUUAUCCCGAACAGUGCAAUCUGGACAGCUCGCCGGCGUAUAGUUUCGGUCUGAAGACAGUGCAAACUGCUUCGCUUCCAGAACCCAGGGGCGUGUACAUCGAAGAUCGCAUCGUGCAAAGACGCGAACGCCGCCUGGCCAGUCCCGUACGCAACAAUGCGGAAAGCAGCACCACAACCACCCAGAACAGCAACAAUGCUGGUAGCAGCAGCACCACCACCACAACAACCACCACGACCACCAAGACCUUCAUCAAUGGGGUGGAGCAGCCGGAGUUGCAGCAAAAGCAAACCACCAAGCAGGUGAAUGGCACCCACAAAGAGCUUAAGUCCGCACCACCAGCACCACUGAGCAAUGGCAACCACCACUCGCGGGUGGAGACCACCACCCUGCAGCAGGUGGCCCACGGGCAGAAGGAGAUCGGUGGUUUGAAGAUGGUGGCCAGCGGUAAGUCGGAUGCCAGUGCCACCAAGGCGGCUGCAGUGAGCCACCAGACGGUGGUGCGAUCCGAUGGCGCCAUUGUGACCAGUGGCCAGUCCUCGAGGAUGCAGACGGUCAAGUACGCUGUGGAGGCGAGCAGCGUGCAGGAGAAGAUCAUCAGCUCCUAACGUCUACAAAAUACCCACUGUCAUGGGCAGCAGCAAGGAGGGCAAGAUCCGCUCGGCUCCGGCCUACACGAUCACGGGUCGCGAGAAGCCGCCCCUGAUCCCGG